CUCAUUCGAUCACAUCUCUAGCGCUCAGGUGGGGGGACUGACUCUUGGUUAAUCGUGAAGCUUUUACUCUUACCAGCAGUAAAGUCAACCACAGCAGAAUGCAACCACGAGCUUAACUCGAAACAUUUUACUAAAGUUACUACUUUUUUAAAAACUCGCAAAAGCCAUUUCUUACACCUUUAACUACUUCUGCAGCCUGCCAAGUCACCAGUGCACCGAAGAUGCCACACCAAGAGCAAGUGCACGUACACGGAAACCUCUGCGCGCCGGGUCCACCGAACAAUUCUGGCUACAACACCAACCCGGUACCGAUCAUUCAGACAGAAUCGCGGGAUAAAUGGACCAAAAAAAUGGAUUUCCUUUUAUCGGUCAUUGGGUUCGCGGUGGACCUUGGAAAUGUUUGGAGAUUUCCAUAUAUCUGUUAUCAAAACGGUGGCGGGGCUUUUCUUAUCCCUUAUGUCCUGAUGGCUGUAUUCGGUGGAGUGCCACUUUUCUACAUGGAGUUAGCUCUGGGACAGUUUCACAGAACAGGUGCCAUAUCCAUAUGGAAACACAUUUGCCCUAUUUUUAAAGGCAUUGGUUUCGCCAUCUGUAUCAUUGCUCUGUAUGUGUCAUUCUACUACAACACCAUCAUCGCCUGGGCUCUGUUCUACUUUUACUCCUCCUUCAGUAGCACUCUGCCCUGGACCCACUGCGAUAAUGAAUGGAACACAGAAAACUGCACUGACUACUUUGGAAAAGACAAUGUGACCUGGACAAACUACUCACGCUCACCUGCCGAGGAGUUUUACACGAGGAAUGUCCUUGCGGUCCAUGAAUCAUCCGGUCUUGGAAAUGUGGGAUACAUUCGUUGGCAGCUCAUGUUGUGCCUCUUCCUCAUCUUCACCAUCGUCUACUUCAGCUUGUGGAAAGGAGUCAAGUCGUCGGGAAAGGUGGUAUGGGUGACUGCCACUCUUCCGUAUGUGGUACUGUUGAUUUUGAUGAUCCGCGGUGCCACCUUGCCAGGAGCGUGGAAGGGAGUUGUGUUUUAUCUCAAUCCCAAAUGGGAGAAACUAAAGGAGACCAGCGUUUGGGUAGAUGCAGCGGCACAGAUCUUCUUCUCUCUUGGUCCUGGGUUUGGUGUGCUGCUUGCCCUUUCAAGCUACAAUCCCUUCAACAAUAACUGCUACAGAGAUGCCAUCGUAACCAGUCUGGUAAACUGCCUGACAAGUUUUUUGUCGGGAUUUGUUAUAUUUACUGUCCUGGGAUAUAUGGCCGAACAGAGAAAUGUAAAUGUGGAGGAUGUAGCCAGGGACAAAGGGCCGAGUCUGCUUUUCAUCACAUAUCCGGAGGCCAUUGCAAACAUGGUUGGCUCGACUUUCUUUGCCAUCAUCUUCUUUGCAAUGAUGAUAACGUUAGGACUGGACAGCACCUUUGGUGGUCUAGAGGCCAUAAUCACAGCUAUAAUGGAUGAGUAUCCAGAUGUUUUUUCCCAACGGCGAGAAGUGUUUGUUCUCGGACUGGUGGUUGUUUGCUUUCUGGGUUCUCUGGGCACCCUUACUACAGGUGGUGCAUAUGUGGUAAAGUUACUCGAAGAAUUCGGAGUCGGGUCUUCGAUUAUAGCUAUUGUCUUUUUGGAGGCCACUGCAGUAUCCUGGUUUUAUGGUGUUAACAGAUUCAGCAAUGAUGUCAAAUCAAUGUUGGGCUUUACUCCAGGACUGUUCUGGAGAUUGUGUUGGGUUGCUAUCAGCCCAGCAUUUCUGGCUUACAUUAUUAUCAGCUCACUGCUGUUCCCCCAGCCCCUCUCACUAUUCGACUACGAGUACCCAGACUGGAGCAUCACGGUAGGUUACAUCAUUGGAUCUUCCUCCUUCAUGUGGAUCCCCAUAUACAUGGUGUACAAACUUGUGUGGACUCCAGGCUCUCUUAAACAGCGGCUUGCUGUUUGUCUGCGACCAGAGAGAACUCUACCAGACAUCCACGCAGACAGCAUGGGUCUAAGUCCUGUUCCUCAGAGCCUAUCCCAGCCUCCGACACCAAUACUUAACGCAAAUAACAAAGCAAUUGCUGAAUUAUAUGUGUUUUAAAUUAAACUAAGACUUUAUUAUAAGGAUAAAGGGCAACUUUGAAUUCAAAUUUAUUUGUAAGAAAUAUAGCCUACAAUUAGAUCUGAAUAAUAAAAAAUUAAUUGUGUUAAUAAUUAUAUGUU